AUGUCACAACUCUUUAAAAGUAUUGAUGGUCUUCGACAAAUCUUUGUUCAAUAUGCUGGAGCUGAUGGAAACAGCACCACUAUGACCAAGAGUGAACUUGCGCAACUGCUCCGUAAAGAGUGCCUGUUGCAGAAGGUAAGUAGAAAAGAUUUCGCACCAUUGCAGCAGUGCCUCUUCGAAAUUUUGAUAUUUGACCUCUUCUACUAUGUCUCUUUCCUUGUCUUAGGUCACCAAUGAAGAUGCUGAAAAGUUCCUAAAAAGUAUGGAUUUUGACGGCGAUAAUGCUGUUAAUUUUGCAGAGUUUUGCACUUUUGUAGCAGCCAUCUCUGAGUUUGUCUGUGGAAAAUAAAGACUUCGUCCACAUGCCUUCAGGACUUUUGUUCCCUAUUUACUUUGUACCAAAUAAGAAUUUCUCUAAUAUCAGCUUCACAUUUAUCAAAGACGGCCUGUUUUAACACACAUAGAUGGAUGCGACUUUUUGCACGAGAAACUUCACAUGUCUUCAAGAGUUAGAGUGCAUGUCACAUUUUAAUUGGUUUAUCUGUUAGAGGUGACUUAUCUUCAAUAUCUUUUUUGUGUGUGUGUGACUGAGGAAAUAAAAUGUUGACGCAUUAUGAUUUUUCAUAGUAUUUCUUGAGUAUUUCGACUACAAAUAAAUUAAGUCUUCAUGCCUUGUAAUUCAUCCUUUAAAAACUACUCUACCUUUCAUAGGACAUGUUAACUACAAUGAUAGGCUGUAAGCUCAUCUUAAAGAGACCUAUAGAUAGAGAUUAACCACACGAGACUGAGUUUUGGUGUCUGACAUCCUAAAAUAAAAGCUGUUUGGAAAUCAAUGUAUUUUCAUGAACUUCAUAUUUCUUCAUGUUUCCUGCUGAUCGAGAAAAGCUUAACUGCAUAAUCUAACACAGUUUAUGACUUAAAGCUAUGCCACACUGAUUACCCUCAUCUAAGGGAAAAGGAGACUGAGUUGUACUCUUGUUUUGACACUUAUUAAGAUUUCUAGACAAGGUAAGUUAAUCUGUAAAGCACUGCUCAUACAUAGAGUAUUCAAAGUGCUUCAAUGAGUUACAAACAAACAAUUACAACAGGAAUAAAAAGAAACAUCACAUGAAGCAUAGAGGAGAAGAAAGUACAAAAACAGUAAAGUCGGUUGAUGCAAAAAGGUGUAGAUGCAUGCUCUCUGUUCAAAUUCCUCUUUUCCAUCAACCCAGAGAUGUGAACAUCAGUUUUAAGGUCACUUGGAAGCACUUUUGUAUGUUUAUCAGACAGAACAGCAGAAGGGAGACAAAAAACGCGAGGAGUAGAGAGAGGUGGAUGACACGCAGUAACGGGUUGAGGCUGGGAGUCAAACCAGAGACCACUGCAAUGAGGACUAUGGUCUCUGAGAUGAAAAGGAGGCUUGAACUUUGAAGCCAACUGGUGCCUCAUGAAUCGAAGAAUGUCUCAUACACAAACUCUUCGAUACAGCAUGAUCACUCUUGCAUCAGAUUAGCCCUAUAAGUGCUUCAAACUGAUAACGGAGUAAUGCUUGUCGUAAACUGCAUUGAUGUGUAUUAUUCUCACAAUCACCACCUUAUUUGUCUAUUUGGCUGCAUGAUUUCCAGUCUUUCCCCAUGAUCUUUUGUUGAAACAGCUGCCCUGUGCCAAUGCCACCUGGCCUCACCACUUCCUGGUAUCCACCUGGAGGCCAUGAUUGUUGGAGGCUUAAAAUAUUACCUCAUCACUCCUCAGGUUUCUGCUUGUACAAUGGAUCUGCAGAGAGCUGUGAGGGUGGAGCCUAUAAACUCUAAACACAAACAAAGUUCUGCUGCUGCAGUAAAAACUCUUUAACCACUUGGAUAUUUAUACUAUAUGAACAAACACAAAAGUAAGAAAAUACAGUUGAAAACUCAGCCAAAGACAAACUCUUUUAUUCAUAUUGUUCCAGUUGGUUAUUUCAAAAGCAUCUUUACAUGUCAGUUCAAAGAGAUUUCAGUCCCUGUUCCGGGUUCACUCAUUGUCUUUGUUCUCCAUGGAGUUUUUCCCAGCAGUCGCUCCCUCAGCUUCUCCAGGGCUGCCCCCCUGUGUUGAGAUCUUGCACUCUGAAGUGUCCAUACCAUUUUUGCAUUUUACCAUCUUUUCUCUGAGCAGUGUUUCAGAGAAUAAACAGAACUUGAAAAACAUAUGCAGCAUAUGGAAGUACUAUGUUAACUAGUUUUGUGUGCUAAAUUGCAGCUUUAUGCAGGUAAUGUUUAUUCAUCUUAAUGUGUCAUGAUUGGUUCUUGUUUUACUUUUUCCUGAUUUUGUUAUCUAGAUGUUUUUUCAGUGUAUUUGUUCCUAGUGUUUCUAUUCUCUAUAGUUCCUGUUCCCCUGUGGCUAUCAUUCUUAUAUUCCUGUUGUGUUGCCUCUGUUUGGUCUUGUGGAUAGUUUUUUGUCUCUUCUCUUUGUGAGGUUGCAUGGUUAAGUUUGACUUCCUGUGUUUUUCCCUUCUCAGUGAUAGUCUGCACCUGUGUCUUUGUGUCUCACCUGUCUUUCAUUGCUCAUUUGUGUAUCUAGUCCCUGUGUAGACUCCCCUCUUGGUUGGUUCAUUGUGUGUCUCUGUCAAUGUGUCGAUGUUGAUGUCUUUUUUUUUCAUUUUACAAGAACUUAUUCCAAAAAAAUACCAAAGAGGUUGAUUACAGUUAAUACCCUUAACUGGGGUAGGGAAAAUGUCGUGACUUUAGGCGCUUCCCAAUUUUUAAUUUAUGUUAAUUUUAAGAUUAAAUUAAACUAUCCACUUUCUCCAACUGAAAACUAUAAAACUUAAGUCUAACAGUUCAUUUUCAUGUAUGAACCCAGGAUCCUCGGACUGGUAAGACUGGAAUUAUGAUUGUUAAGGGGAAUUUGGAAAGGCUGCAUUCCAGCAUGGCCAUUUUAACACUAAGUACAAGGCUUAAACCUUGGGCUUUCACCAAAGGCCAGAAAUGCAGUAUUUCCCCUUGAGAGAGAGAGAAAAUGUGACGGGCAACAGUCAAGCAGAACACAGAAAAACACGCUUUUAUGUUGUAGUGCGGGUUCUUGAUAGAGGGUAAAAAGGCUCUAUCAAUCAGAGGUGUGUGAUGUUUGGCUGUUACAUACUUCAACAUGACAAGCUUUUCAUCUAAAUUCUUUCAGUGGGCGUUAUAAAGCAAAGUCCAUCCAUUUUUUAAAACUUGAAAAAAAAAAAAAAAAUCAAAUAAACACCUGACAAGUUAGCCUUCAGCAGAGUCUUGAAUGACUUCAUUAUGUGGACUUGAUGCUUCUAUCAAGUCCCAUACCCUCAUUGACAAUAAUGAACCCCCCUCUGAGAAGUUUUUAUUAUUCAACUAUUGUGCUGUUAAACCAAACUUGGACAGACUUGGCAGCAGUGGCAGCCCAUGUCCUCAAUUUUAACCUCCUAAAAAAAUUUCUCGAGCUACCCGAGGGAGAUUGGGGUCAUGGGAUUCUAGUGGGGCACAUUUAGAUCCUCCUUUGUGAAAAAAGAUACUUGAAGUUGAGGCUACAUGUAAGAUGAAGGCAUGCCUUCAUCUGCUUUCACUCUGAUUACAACAGCCCUUUGACCAACAACAACAGAAAAGUCUUGGAAUCAGUUUAAGAUUGUACAAAACUCAGCCAAUAGACUUUAAACCAUCAGACCAGUGACCAUUACACUCCUUUUUUAUCACGGAAGCCUCCUUUGACCUGAGAUAUACUUGCUGUUGAGUCUGUAUAUGGUAAUGCAUGAUGGCGUCCAUGUGUCUUGAUGACUCCUCUCCUCACAGCUUAACACAACCAACAAGUAGGCUCCAGUAUCUUUGUAUGUAUGCAGAGGCAGAUUGGAGGGGGGAUAUGCUUCACUGCUCUUAGGCUUUGCAGAAACAGAGUGGCUGUGAUAGAGUUGGCAGCACUAGUGACACAUAUGCCUUUGUCUCAUCUGUAGGCUGUAUAUUUUCCUAAAUACAGUCAAUUAUCUCUUCAGGCUUAAUCCAGUGAAUUUAUAUACCAACUACAUAUCUGAUACUAUCACUUUGGGUUAGGGUUAGGGUCACUCACUAACUCCCAUAAUAUUUGGGAAUUGAUAUUACAACCAUACAGCUGACCUGCAAGGCUGCUCAUGGAUUCUCUCCUUAUGGUCACAUAUGAGCCAGUUCACAGCCUGAUAUUCUUGGGUAAAUGUUUUUUGCUUUUCCCGAUGCCCAAGUAUUGAAGCUGUGAAACUCUGAAAAAGUUUGCCAGAAGAAAGCAGGUAAAACAAGACAGAUCAUGGGGGGAUCCAGGGUGUGCCAUACUUUAUUUACACCAGUUUGUCAAUGCCCUGUGCUCUGAUUCCUAAUUUUUUUACACUUUCAGCAGACACAAGUCGUCCUACACUUUUGGUUAGCCAUUAUAUGUGUCUUGAAACUCUUGUGCAAUAUACGUGUUUAUGAAAAACCAGGUCUUGAAAUGCUGUUCAUCCAGUAUUUUAAAUAGGGGGUUCUACAGUUGGCGUCAGAUCUGUGAAUUGUCUGAUGUGCGUAAAAUAAAAAAGUGAACUCUUGAGCAAAACAAUAUCUUCCUGUUUCAGCCACCAUGUCAGAUCUCAAUGAGGCUAUAUCACUGCUUAUAAGGACCUUUUACAAAUAUGCUCAAAAAAUUUAACACAACCAACAUGUACGGUGCAGUCUGUUUGCAAGUAUGUGGAGGCAGAUUGGAGUGGAUAUGCUUCUCUGCUCUUUGGCUUUGCAGAAACAGAGUGGCUGUGAUAGAGUUGGCAUCACUAGUGACGCAUAUGCCUUUGUCUCAUCUGUAGGCUGUAUAUUAUCCUAUAUACUGUCAAUUAUCCAAUCUUUGGCCUUAUAUACUAACUACAUAGCUGCUUCUGGCACUUAAGAUCUGAGCAUCAACAUUAGAGUAACCUCAUCAAGUGUUGCCAUUUCUGUUGUUUACACCCCACACAUCCAUUAUCAGUACAUAAUAUCUGGACUUUAUGGCAUACUCUCUGGAAGCAUCCUCCAACAACAUGCAAAGUGCAUUAUCAAGUAUGUACAAUUACUCAUGAUACAGCCAGACCAGAUGCGAAAGUACAGUUACAUAGCAGUAUGCCUCCAGCCUCCCAUCACUAACUCCCAUAAUGUUUGAGAAUUGUUAUUAAAACCACACAGCUAACCUGCAAGGCUGCUCAUGGAUUCUCUCCUUAUGGUCACAUAUGAGCCAGUUCACAGCCUGAAAUUCUUCGGUCGAUGUUUUUUGCUUCUGAUGCCCAAGUAUUCAAGCCCUGAAGCUCUGAAACAAUUAACCAGAAGAAAGCAGGUAAAACAAGACAGAGAGUGGGUGGGAUUUGGGGGUUGCCAUACUUUAUAUAUGCUGUUUUGUCGAUGCUCUGCGCUCUGGUUCCUAAUUUUCACACUUUCAGCAGACACAAGUCGUCCUACACUUUUGGUAAGUCAUAAUAUGUAUCUUGAAACUCUUGUGCAAAAUACAAUAUUGAAAAUUUUGCUGUCACUUUUGUGUCAAAAGUGAAUGUUUGAGUGUGAUUAGUGAGAGUGAGCAUGUGUUGUUAGAGCAUGAAAUACUGUGUAAAAGAACUUUAGCGAUGCCAAUCUCAGUCACAGAUCAGAGCCAUUUUGAUUAAAAUUCUGAUUAGCCAUGGUGUACAGUACAUCUGAUUAAAUUGACCUGAUUUUUGACAAUGCUGAGGCAAUUCAUGAAGGGGAUUAAUUUGCCUGUAUGUGUAUCCAGUUUGGAAUGCUGUAGUAUCAUCAGUAAUUGUCCAUGUGUGAUUUUUUUCUUCUGGUAAAAGAGAGAGCAUCACAACGAGCAGAACUUGAGGGACAAAUACUGUUUCAGUGCACAGUGAAUCCAUUCAGAAACAGGUGCUAGGGCGUGGUUGUGAAAACAAGGUCCUGAAAUGCUGUUCAUCCAGUAUUUUAAAUAGGGGGUUCUACAGUUGGCGUCAGAUCUGUGAAUUGUCUGAUGUGUGUCAAAUAAAAAAAAGUGAACUCUUGAGUAAAACAAUAUCUUCCUGUUUCAGCCACCAUGUCAGAUCUCAAUGAGGCUGUAUCACUGCUUAAGAAGACCUUUUACAAAUAUUCUCAAAAAGACGGAGACCCUGAGACUUUGUCCAAGAGAGAACUCACAGAACUGCUCCACAACGAGUUGGAUCUUAAAGCAGUAAGUAGAAAAGAUGUAGCACUGAAACCAUGUUUGGCUGAAAAUACCUCUGUCAUAAUGCAAAUGGUUCGAGUUCAAUAAAUUUUCUGUCUUUUUCUACUUCUAGUGCUCACACGACGAAAAAGUGUGCAAGUUCUUCAGUACACUGGAUUUUGAUAAGGAUGGUGUUAUUGAUUUCAAGGAAUACGUCAUCAGCGUUAUAACCCUUGGUCUUCUGGCCUCUCAAGAAUAA